AUGCUGUCACUCUCCAAGCUAUCCACAGGAAAAGCUGUUGUUCUCGCCUGCCUCCUCCAUGCGUGCUCCGUGCAGGGCGCGUCCCUCCCCCGCCACCACAGGCUCAGAGGUGGGGAGGCAGAAGAACGGCAACCCGCUGUCUACCCACCCAGCUCCGACAUGAUCAAAGCCCUGGAGUACAUCGAGAGCCUGAAGCAGCGGACAGACGGGGGCCGAGAGCGAGAGAAGCCAACAAGAGACUAUGAUGAGGUCCAGAAGUUCCGCAUCCUCCUCCAGCUUGCCUCUCUCCAGGGCGAAGGCACACCCGAAAGGCAGUCCUCCCCACCGGCCCAGAGGCAGCAGGACAUCCCGGCUGAGCAGCUGGUGAGAGCCUUGCUCAGGACCCUCCAGGAGCAGCCCGCUAGUCCCCCAAGACCCGCCCUUGUGGUGCCGGGGAACGACCGCCGCGCACACAAGCACCCCUCAGCCAACACAGGCAGCCCCGUGAACGCGCCUGCCUACGGUGGCUUUCCGAGGCCGCACAAGAAGUACCCGCUGAUGUUCGAGGACGAGGAAAAUAGAGACAGCGCCAAGCGCGCCACAGAGGAACUGAAUGAAAAAUACACCCCUCAGAGCCUCACCAACCUGCGAUCCAUCUUCCAAGAGCAGGGGAAACUAUCCACCUCCAACAGCCAGAAGCGCGGAAUCUUUGACGAUGUUGACGAUUUAUUCAGUCUGAGGAACCUGGCCUAUGAGGACGUGGCGGGUGGGGAGGAGUGGAUUCCCGUAGAGGAGAAUGUCGAGACUGAGGACGUGGUGAACAGGAGACACGAGGAGUUUGACAGGGCUCUGCAGAACUAUGACGAGGAGGAGGAAGAGGAGGGCGACGGAAUGCAGAUGCAGCGCAGGGCCAGCCAGAAUAAAGAGGACCCAGAGGAAGAUACUAAACUAGUAGAUUAUUACCUGUUGAAGAUCCUGGGGAUGAGCAAACAUGAGACAGCCAAGAGGCAAGCUGGAGAGCAAAUAAAGAGAGUGAUCCGCCACCCCCUGGUGGACCCCCAGGCCCUGAACGAGCUGUUAGAGAUCUCCCUCAAACUCCACAUCCCCCCGGAGGACCUUAUCGAUAUGCUGAUCACCGAGGAAAUCAGAAAACUAGACCAUCACCCACAAGCCUCCCCCCGCUACAGGACCAGCAGUAAACCGAAGAUCAGAUACUACAGCCGGAGACUGCCAGUCAAAAAUGCUCCUGAAGACAUGGACGAGGAAAACUUCCUGAAUAUCAUCGAAAUGGAAACCAUCAGCAAUGACUAUCCUGUGAGUCGGCGGCCACUCAAGAGUGCUUCUGCCCCGCCCAGGGUUUUAGCACCACUCGCACCGGCGAGAAUUUUAGCACCAGCACCGCCUCCUGCGGUUGCUCCAAAAGUCCCAGCCUCAUCUGGCCGAAGGGAAAACAUAUUUAUGUCGGAGCUCAACAAGAUGCCUUUUAAGAGAGAAUCUGACAACGAUGAUGAGGCGGAGGAAGAUGAGAUGAUUACAUUUCUGGCAGCCAAAAUAUUAACUAAGUACCCCAGCACGAUCAGCAAACGCGACACCCAAUCUCAGGCUAUGGGACAGUUUCCUUACGAGCUAUACGAACAAGCCAUGAAAGAUUACUUUGACCAAGCAGACAGUGAGAAAGCAGGCACAAUGACAAAGAGAGAUUCAGAGGGUAAUGAGGAGGUGGUGGAGCCCAUGGAGACACAGGUGAAAGAUGAGGUUCCACAGGAGACCGAAGCUCCAGAGACCAAGAACGAGGAGGAAUAGGAGCAUCACAGAAAACCGGUUGCUGGAAUGUAGGCUACGCUGUGAAGACAUUCUCUACUGAAAUAUGAAUAUUAAAUAAGUAAUGUUUAUACUAUCAAUAACCAUUCUGCUGGACAUACUCUAGUUUACAUAAAAUGUGUAUAUACAGUACAGGAAAUAAUAUAUAUAUAACAUAUCAGUGUGCUGGGCUGGAGGCAGUGUGUGUGUCGUGUAUACAUCUGGGUUUGUGAGUUCCCAAUCUUGUAACAUUGUGAAAAUGUACUUCCCUGAUCUGGCUAGAGAUUAUGACCGUCACCAUCCUGCCUUCCAACCCUCGAACGCUGCAAGCUCUGUAAGUGUUGGACUCUCUCGGUUGUUGUGGUAUAUAUGCUAAUUUAUAAACCAUUUUGUAUGUGUUCAAUAAUGUGUGACGAGUUGGAGAUGAAUAAAGCAUUAGCGGUGUUA